AUGGUUGGACUAGAAAAGGCAACCAUUGGAUGUGAGACUUGUUCUCCUACUGUCUCAAACCUUGGAGGGUUUCUCACCAACCUUAUCACCAUCAACUAUGUUCAAGAGACUGAAGUUCGCAACCUUAGGUUUUCAAACGUGACUGCUCCAUUUGCCAACAGCUUAUCUCUACUUGUGAUGGAGAAUUUUGAGCACACACAGACAGUGAUUAAUGGAGUUCACGCUGAACAGGUUGCCUUUGGGAAUGGAGGCUUGAUAAGUGUCACUGGGACUUUGAAUUCUUUGGACAUUGGGGGUAUUACUGUGAUGAACAGUGUGGUGGGUUCUGGAUUGGUCUUGAUCCAAGCUAAUGUGGUGAGGCAAUUGUGGCUGAGAGAUGUGUUGAUAAGAGACAUAACAGCAAGUGAUUUUCAAGAUGAGGAUGCUACUUUGGUGAAGGUUAAUAUGUUUGACCUACAGAGAAAUCAAAAUUUUACGAUUGAGAAUUUUGAUAUUUCUGAUUGUGGGAUCUCUUUAGUCAAAUUUGGCUCUAUCAUUAACAAUAGUACAGAAACUACGCAACUCAGUCUAAAAAAUUUUACUCUCAAAGACUCCAUUAUAAUAAGUGCAAGAGCUAUGGUAUCAACUCUGAAUCUCGAGAGCGAUGCUAACUUAAUGCUGAAAAUAAGCCAAUUUUAUUCAAAAAAUGUAACUUUCAAGUCAACAGGAAGCCUCAUGCAGUUUGCUCAUGGAUUAAUUAAUUCUGUUACUGUUGAAGAUUCUAUUUUUGGUGAUUUGCAAUCGGCUUCAAUAAAAGCUUUGAGACACAAAGCAUUCCCAAAUGUGAUCCAUGAAGUAUCUUUUAUGAACUGUACUUUUAGCCAUAUUUACUCUCUUUUACAGUCGUUGAUUAUAGUAACAGAACAAGCAACAGUGAGUUUUACUGAUAGUUCAUUUGACUCAGUGUCAACAGCAUCAUCGUUUUCAGGAAUUAUUGAGUCUAGCUUAAACUCAGUAGUGAGACUCACUCGUGCCAACUUUACGAACAACUCUGCAGUUAUUUCAACUCUUUUUCAUGCUCUAUCAGGUUCUGUAAUUGAAUGAAGCUUUUGAUAUUUAUCGAAUAAUUUUGGGCUCAGUAAUGCAAUCAUAACUGCAUCUAGUAAUGGCUAUUUUAGAUUUAGAAGCAGUACCAUUUCUAAAAAUAUUGCUAUUCAAGCCCCAUUUGGUCGAAUUGUUGAUGCAUCACAAGUUAGUCUUAUUGACAGUACUAAUAUUACUGGAAACUUAAUAAUCUCUCCUAAUGAUUUCAACCAAGAAGUUUCUGGAAGUUGCUCUAAGCUAUGAUUUCUCGAUCAAAGAUUAGUUGAAUAUAUCAAGGAAAAUAACCUUCAAUCCAUCUCUGAAGGGUUUGAUUUGAUUGAAAUCGUGUCGGGGUCAUUACAAAUCAUUAACAACACAUUAUUUUCUAAUCAAAAUGGCAUACUUAAUGUUUUUAUGUCAACUUUAACAAUCAGUGGGACAAUAUUAAGAGAUAUUAACUUUACUAAUACUCCAAUAAAAUUGAUAUCCUCCUCUUUUGAAAUGUAUGAUGUACUCUUGACUAACAUUCAAGACAAUUCUGAUAGAGAAAUAAUUUUGACAAAUGUUGAUACUCAGAUUACUGCUAGAAAUAUUACUUAUGAAAAUUCAAAUACCAGACUUCUCAGUGCCCUUUCUGGAGUGGUCGAAUUUAGCAUUAUUUCAGCUAAAAAUAUUACAAAUGCUGGCAAUCUUUUAUAUUUGCUCUCUUGAGACAGAGUUAAGUUUACAAACAUAACUCUGUCAAAUCUGAAAGUACUUUCAGAUCAAAUCAUUAAAGUAGAAAAAUCUUAUAAUGUAUCAUUUGGUGACUCUAUUAUUGAAGAUCAGAACAAAACUGUUAUUUCCAUAAUAAAAUCUCAAGUUGAUAUGAUCAAGAAUAUGAACAUUACAAAUUGCUUUAAGGCUUUGAGUAUAAGUAAUAGCAAUUUAACUCUUAUUCAAAAUUUGUUAUUUACUAAAAAUGGAAAGAAUAGUGACUUGAUUCAUGGAGGAGCAGUUAAGAUAAUAGAUAGCAUUAUAAGCAUAAAAGACACAAUGUUUUUAAACAAUAUUGCGAGUAAAGCCGGAGCUAUUGACUUUGAAUGCUUCUCAAAUGAUCUGUGUAAACUAGACUUGGAUAAUGUUACUUUCACUAAUAAUUCUGCUUCUGUGCAAGGAGGAGCAAUUUAUUACAACUUGAUCAGACCUAAAAUAUUUAAUUCAACCUUCAUUAAUAACUCUGCACAAUACGGUCCAGAUCUUGCUAGUUAUCCUGUAAAAAUGAAGAUGAAAAAUGACUCAGAUUCGCAAAUUCAUUUGACUGGAAUAGGCUCUGGAGUAGUUAUAUCAGCUCCUGUCAAGCUUGCUUUAUUAGAUUAUGAUAAUCAAGUCAUGAAUCUGAACAAUGUUGAUCAAGUCGGAAUAUUCUCCCAAAAUAGUUCUCAUUCUAUAGUGGGAGGAGCAAAUUCAUUCCCUUUUAAAUCUGGAAUCGCCACUGUUGAAGGAAUUAUAUUUGAAUCCAAGCCAGGGUCUAAAAAUGUAACAUUUAAUGCUCCCACUAGUGCUAUUGACAGCAAUAAAGUUAACACAGCAUUCCCAAAUGAGGACUUCAGCAGCUACAUCACAGUUGAUUUCAGAUUCUGAGAGCCUGGAGAAGAAAUCACCCAUCAAAAUACUUGCAGAGAAUGCGACGCUGGAACUUACUCUGUAACAUGGAAUUCAACCCAGUGAGUCAAGUGAAUGGACAAUGCUGAGUGACUGGGAAGAAACCAAGUCAGUGUAAAUCCAGGAUACUGGAGGGCCUCUCAAACUUCCACUUUCAUUGCUGAGUGAAUCAACAAAGGUGCUUGCAAAGGAGGAUUCUCAAGUGAAGCUCUUCAUCCUGUGGACUGAGCAGAAGGCUAUCAAGGAGAGUUGUGUGCACAAUGAAUUGCUAAUAAAAAUGCAAAAUACAGAAAGGUUGGAAAUUCUAAAUGAGAAAAGUGUCCAAGUCCUUUAUGGAAUGCUAUUCUAAUCAUAUGAUUAGGACUUGUUGUUUUUGCUUUUAUGAUGGUGCUUAUUGUAAUCAACAUCAGAAAAACCAAGGAGAGCGAGUUGUCUGUGCUAUUAAGAAUAUUGACUAAUUAUCUCCAACUCAUAUUUGCAUCCUUAUCGCUAUCAUCAGACUAUCCUACCUCAAUGAUCCAAUUCUUCGAAGUUAUGAACCGAUUAGGAGAUACUUCCCAAACAUUCCUCUCGUUUGACUGCUUCAUAAGAGACUACCAAAUAACAUCUCCAUUUGGUUCGAAUGCAAUAUUGAAACUAUUCCUGUUGGCUUUACUCCCUUUGAUUUUGUUCGGAGUAGUGGCUUUAAUUUGGAUCAUUUUAUACUUAAUCAAGCACAAAUAUGUGAAGAACCUGCAGAGAAAUUUAGCAAUAUCAUUUAUAAGUAUUUUGUUUCUGCUUCACCCCAAACUGACAGAGCAAAGUCUUAAUCUCCUUCAAUGUGUUGAAGUCAAUGAGGGAGACUCCAGAGUGACACUUGAUACAAGCAUCAAAUGAUAUUCUAGUGAUCAUAUUCUUUAUAUUUCAAUUUUAUCUGUUCCAAUUUUGAUUGUUUGGGUGGUUUCACUUCCAGUCACAGCCUUGACAUUCUUGUUCAUCUACAUUAAAAGACAAUCAGACAACAAAAUCAAGCAGUAUUUCCUGAUUCUGUAUCAAGGGCUAAAACAGGACAAAUUUUACUGGGAGUUUGUAAACACAGCAAGGAAGAUAUUUAUCCUGACUCUUUUUCCUCUUUCUCCUCAAAUGAAGAUGUUAGUAGCUAUUUCUGGAUUAGUGACUUUUACUCGAUUUCAGAUUAGGUUACAACCAUAUACCGACCAAGAAAACAAUAAAAUAGAAAUUUCAGCAAUAAAUGCAGGAAUCCUGACUAUCUUUAGUGGACUACUAUAUUCUCAAAAAUCAGAAGUCAACGGAGUUAAAUUAAUUACAAUGGUAUUAUGUGUAGCUCUGAAUGUCAACUUUAUGAUAAAUUGGUUUUACUUGCUAUUAAAAUCUAUGAAAGAUUCUUCCCAACUCUUAAACACAAUUUACCGAUUCCUUGCUUAUAUCCUUCGAAAACAGAAGGAGGAUGAGACUAAAGAAGAGCAACAAGAAUUAGCAAUUCCAAGGAAAAAGCGGAUUAGAAUAAUUAAAAAGAAAAGAAGAUUCAGAAAUCAUAAAAGAAGGCUGGGCUUUAGAAUUGACAACCAUUGUUGAAGGGAAAAUAAAGAAGAAAAGAAAGAGGACCCAGUGGCAUUGUUGAAUACAUUCCAGAAAUUCAAUGACAGUAAAAGUAGAGACAGCUCAAGUUCGAGACCGGAAAAUAGAGAAAAUAUUGAUUCCCUUUCAUCCCAGUGAUGAGAUAGUCCAUUUAUGUCAAAGAGAAGGUUAUUCCAUGUUUCUAAGUUCCAUAAAUGUUCAAAAUAA